AUGGAAAAUAUUAGAGUAUUGGUAAGAGUUAGGCCAUUAAAUUACAGGGAAACACAUUUAGGUGCAAAUGCAUGUGUAUCUACAAGUGGCAAUUCCAUAACAUUGGAUAAUAAGAAGGAGUAUACUUAUGAUCAUGUUUUGGGUUCUGAUUCUACUUAAGAAUAAGUGUUUUAAAAAAUUGGUAAUUCUACACUUUAAUCAUUUCUUGAUGGUUUGAAUUGCUGUGUUUUUGCUUAUGGUUAAACAGGAGCUGGAAAGACUUAUACAAUGUAAGGGAAAGGUUUUGAUGAUAUUACGAGUGAUUGUAUACACAUAGGAUUACAACCUCGUUUGAUUUAGUAAUUAUUUAAAGAAUUACCUAAAGAGAAUAAUUGGACAAUUAAAUGUACUUACUUAGAAAUAUAUAACGAAUAAUUAAUUGAUCUACUAAAUGAUGCAAAACCAAUGCCUUUAACAAUUAGAGAAGAUGCUAAAAGAGUUUAUGUUGAAAAUUUAACUGAAAUUGCAGCUGCUUCUUUUAAUGAUGUUAUAUCUUUAAUGUAAAGAGGAUUAGCAAAUAGACAUGUUUCUGCUACAUAAAUGAAUCUUGAAAGUUCUAGAAGUCAUUCAAUAUUUACUUUAUAAUUAGAAUUAAGAACAAAAGGAAUGUAUACAAGGAAAAGCAAACUCAAUUUUGUUGAUUUGGCUGGAAGUGAAAGAUAAAAAUUAACUGCAGCCACUGGAGAUAGAUUAAAAGAAGCUUCUAAUAUUAAUAAAUCUCUCACUGUUUUAGGUUUAGUCAUCAACUCUUUGGCUGAAAAUCCAAAGAAGUUUAUACCUUAUAGAGAUAGUAAAUUGACUUUUCUUUUAAGAGAAAGUUUAGGAGGAAAUUCUAAAACUUUUAUGAUAGCAACAAUAUCUGCUGCUAGCUCAUCAUUUCAAGAAACAUUAGGAACUUUGAAAUUUGCUUCAAGAGCUAAAAAUAUAAAGAAUUAAGCAAUAGUUAACGAAGAAGUUGGUGGCAAUUUGGAAUCUUUAAAAGCAGAAAUAAAAAGAUUGAAAAAUGAAUUACAAUAAUCAAUUUAUCAAUCUGAAAUUAUUCCAAAAAAGUAAAAGGAAGUUGAAUUAAUAUCUUAAAUAACUAAUUUAAGUUACUAAUUAAAUGAAAGUGGAUAAUAUUAGGAUUAGUUAACAAAAGAACUUAAAUCAAUGAAAGAAUAUUAUGAAUCAAGAAUAACAGAAUUGGAAGAUUAUAAUACUAAGAAUCAAAAAUGUUCAGAAUUAGGUAUGUUAGAUAAAGAUUCACAGUUAGAAUAAGCAUUAGAAAUAUAGAAAGAAUUAAAAUAUAAAAAUGAAUUAUUAAAUUAAAGAAUUUUAGAACUCUAACAAGAAGAUACUAUUUUAAAACAUAGAAGAAAUGAAUAAUAAUUGAUCAUUACAUAAUUAGAAUAGAAUUUAUAAAUUGUAUAAAAAGAUAAGGAAAUAUUAUUGGAUUAGUUUAAAUAAUAAGCUUAAUUAGUAAAAUAGUAUGAAACAUAAUUAGAAGCAUUUUAAGAAGACAAAGCUUAAUAACUUCAAGAAUUAGAAAACAAAAUUUCUGAAUUAAAUGAUUAAUUAUAAAUUAAUAAAGAUCAAAUGGAUACUGAUGCUUAGACUAUUGAAUUUUAGAGUGAAGAAAUUGAAAGAUUAUAAAAUGAAAUUGAGUUUAAUAAAUCUUUGGUAGAAAAAAUGUAAAUAGAAUGUUCCAAUUUAAAGGGAUAAAUGUUAGAAAAAGAAAGUUUAAUAGAAGAUUAAUUGAAAGAACUUUUAAAAUGUAAGAGAAGAAGUGAAAUUAAAUCAAAAAAGUUCUUAAAAUCAUUAAAAUUAUUAAAAAAGGAAAAAGAAAAUUUUACUUAAAUGGAAUAAAGAUAAAUUGAUUUUUUAUCUUAAUUAAAUUCUACAAUGUAAUUAGAAGAAAAAUAAUUAAAUAAUGAAUUAAUUUAGAAAGCAAUACUUUCUAAAUUUUAAAAUGUUAAGAGUCAAGUUGAUAAAUAAAUAUAAGAGUCUUAGUUUUUAAAUGAUUAAAAAGUUUAUUAUUCAGAUUUGUUUUAUUAAACAUAAAUUAAUUUGGAUGAAGCUAAAAGAUAAAAUGAAGAAUUAAAACUUGAAUUAGAAAGAAAUAAAGUAAAUUAGGAAGGACUUUUAAAGUAUGGAUAAUUAAAGGAAGAGUUUUAAUAUUAAAAGGAAAAACUAAGUAAAUUUUUAGAUAGUUUCGAUAUAAUUAACUAGAAAUUAAUAAUGAAAGAAAAUGAAGUAUUAAAACUAAGAUCUGAAUUGAGAUUAGAGUAAACACAAAGAUCUAAGACUUUAGAGGAAAUUGAUAAGUAAAAUUUCAUAAUAUUAAAGAUUGAGAACAGUUAAGAUUGAAUUAUCGAAUGUAAAAAUAGAGUUAGAGUAAACGAUUCAAUAAAUCUAAUGUAAUAGUUAGAAUGAGACAGAUGAAAAUAAAUAAAAGAAGUUAUCAGAUAAUGUUCUUAUGUUGUAGAAAGCAAAUUAAAAAUUAAAUACUGAUUUAGCAAUAUUACAAAGAUAAUAUAAGUAAUUAUAGGAAGAGAAAGAUAUUAUGUAAAAAAAAUAUGAAGAAAAACUUAUGUAUUAGGUGGAUAUUAAUAAAUUAAGAAAAGAUAUUAAUAUCACAAAUCAAUUAAAACAAUAAUUAGAUAAAAAGGAAAGAGAAUAUCAAUAAUUAUUUGAUGAAACUAAAAUACUUGAAGAUUUCUUUAAGAAUAUUAAUGUAAAGAGGUUUUGCAAUUAUCAAAUUUAAAAUGAAGGAACAAUUAGUGAGAAAGUUAAAUAAUAUUUUGAAUUUUUGAAUGUAUGAAUAUCAAAAUUACUAAUUUAGCAAUGCGAAUAAGAAUUCGAAACAAAACAAUUUCAAUUAAAAACCAAUUUACAAUUGCUGCAUAUUGAAUAGGCAAAUUGUAAUAUAGUUAAAGAAGAAAAUAGAAUGCUGAAAAUGCAACUUAAAAUGUGA